GUCGUUUGUCUGAUGGGUAACACAGGCUGGCUGCUCAUUCCCUCGCAUUGAGACGUUCCGAGUAGCUUGAUUGGAAUUCAGGUUCAGGAAGCUCGGCCUUGCAAGUCCCGCUAGUUAAUUUCUUCACUUACUAUACUUCCCGACUUCAGCAGACUAAUUUCCUCUGAACCCUAACCUUCCCUUCUACAAAGCGACUGCUUUUUUUUUAUCCAUCCAUUUCUCACGCUGACGCGCUCUGGUUUCGUAAGGCCAGCAGCCGCAGCACCAGUCUCUCCCGGCGGCAGCGGCCGCAGCAGAAAGCCAUGCCACGGAGCUCCGCAUCCGUGUCCCCUCAAGAACACCACGACCCCGCAGCAUCCCCAGCUAGCAAUAGCGCAGUCCUCAUGGCAGCAGAUGCCGACGCCGCCGCCGCGUCCCCGUACGGCGAGGAUCCGCGCAAGGCAGCAGCGGCAGCCAUGGCCAUGACCUCCCCGUGCCCGCUCCUCCAAGGCGCGAAACCCGCCGCCGUGCCGUCAGUCUUCUGCUUCCACUCGAUCUGCUAUUCCGUGAAUCAAGGCCGGAAGAAGUCGCUCUUCAGCCGCUGCAUCGAGCCGUGCGUCGGGCUCGCCGCGAAGCGCAAAUCGACGCAGUUCACGUCGAUCAGCGACGACGAGGCCAAGGCCGCCGCGCCGCCCAAGUUCCGCGUCAUCCUGAACGAAAUCUCGGGUUUCGCACGGUCCGGAGAGGUGCUCGCGAUCAUGGGGUCGAGCGGGUGCGGCAAGACGACGCUUCUGGACGUUCUCUCGCACCGGAUUGCGUCCGCGGCGGCUUCGGCGGGGCCGCUGGCGGGGGGCCGGACGGGGUACAUUGAGCUGGGCGACAAGCCGACGACGGAUGACCUCAUGCGACGCAUCUCGGCGUACGUGAUGCAGGACGACCUCAUGUACGCGACGCUGACGGCGCGCGAGACACUCAUGUUCUCGGCGGAGAUGAACCUGCCGCGGAGCUUCUCGUACAAGGAGAAGCAGGAGCGCGUGGAGCGGCUGCUGGAGCUGCUGAGCCUGCAGCACGCGGCCAACACGCUCAUCGGGAACGAGAACCUUAGAGGCGUGUCGGGCGGCGAGCGCAAGCGCGUGGCGAUCGGCGCGCACAUCGUGCACGACCCCAAGAUCCUCUUCCUGGACGAGCCCACCUCCGGCCUCGAUUCGUCCAACGCGUAUCGCGUGGUGAAGAUCCUCAAGGACAUCGCCAUAACCUCGGAGAGCAUCGUCAUCAUGGUGAUCCACCAGCCGUCGUUCCGCGUCCUGGAGCAGAUCGACCAGCUGCUGCUGCUGUCGACGGGCAACAUGAUCUUCUUCGGCCCGCCGCCGCACCUCCCGGCGUUCUUCGACGCGUUCGGGACGCCCGUGCCGAAAUUCGCGAACCCGACGGAGUUCGCGCUGGAGCUGUUGGAGCAGUUGAAGAGCACGUCCGAGGCCGCGCUUAUGGAGCUCGUCGCCUUCGCCGCGGACUGGCACCGCAGCCGCGACCACAUGGCGCACGCCAAGACGGGCCGCCACGCGAAGCCCGCGCUGCUGUCCGCGGGACCCGACGGCGAGGGCGGGGAGGCGGAGAUGAAUGGCGGCGGUGGAGGCGGGGGGGGGCACGGGCGGAAGAGCGCGGAGGGCGGGAGAAGGUUCUGCGGGAAGCUGGCGAAGAUGGGGAAGGGGGCGGGCGGGCAGGAGGAGGAUGCGGUGGAGUCGGGGCAUAAGGGGACGCACCGGUACGCCAACUCGUGGUUCCGCGAGUUCUCCAUCCUGUUCGUGCGGUCGGGGCUGAUGAUCGUGCGCAACCCGCUGCUCUACUUCCUGCGCCUCAUGCUGCUCACCGUCGCGGGGUUCCUCCUCGCCUCGCUCUUCUACAAACCCAGCCACGAUCCGAAGGGCAUGUUGGAGCGGCUGGCGUACCAGUCUUUCAUCGUAGCCAUGCUCUUCUUCUGCUCCGCCGACGCCACGCCCAUCUUCAUCAUGGAGCGCAACAUAUUCAUCCGAGAAACGUCUCACAACACGUACCGCGCGUCGACAUACGUGAUGGCGACGAUGGCGGUGUACGUGCCGCUGCAGGCGCUCAUGGCGCUCACGCUCACGCUCGAGUCGUGGUGGACCGUGGGGCUGUCGGGCGGCUUCUCCGGCGCGCUCUUCUUCGCCACCAUCUGCUUCCUCUGCCUCUUCACCGGCAACGCCAUCUCCACCUUCGCCAGCUCCUUCUUCAAGAACAUGAUCCUGGCGUACGCGACAGUGAUCUCGACGAUGGCGUACUUCACGCUGGUGUCGGGCUUCUACAUCCACCGCACGUCCAUCCCCAAGUUCUGGAUCUGGCUGCACUACCUCUCGCCCAUGAAGUACGCCUUCGAGGCGCUCGUGCAGAACGAGUUCGUCAGGGAUGGCGGGCCAUGCUACCUGACGCUGAACGAAGCCUUUGACAUCGAGCCGGUGAGCACGUACGUGAACACGACGCGGCUGAAGCCCGCUCUCACAGCGUUCCUGCCCAACAUCGUGACCCCGGGCGUGGGCAAGCUGACGGCGCAGAGCUGCAUCAUGACGGGCACGUUCAUCAGCCGCAAGUACCUGGACAUUGUGGAGCUCAACAAGUACCAGAGCAUGGCUGUGCUCUUCUCCAUGGCUGUCAGUGUGCGGAUUGGGUACUUUUUGGUGCUCACGCUGAUUUACAAGACCAAGAGGAAGUAGGGGGAGGGGGGAGGGAGAGGGGGAGGAGGGAGGAGGCAGGAGGAAGGGGUUUAUGUUGACCUUUUACAGACACACACACACACACACAUACAGAUGUGUACACAGAUACACAGACACACCUGCACACACACAUGCACACACCCCCCAACACAAACACACACACACAUGGAGCAGACACACAUGCAAGUGUCUUAGUGGUGCUCACAGGGCAAGUAACUGUGCCUUGUGUGCAGUGCAUCUAGGUUGCCUUGGCCAUUUCUGUAUGGCUGCUGCUGCGUGCAACUCACAAGCAACUGAAGGAGCCCGGUUGAAUGACAAGACAGCUGUAGUGGUGGAUACCGUACCCUUAGGAUUUGUUCAGGGAAGUGGUAGUACUGAUAUGGUCCCCCCCGUAAGUGCUUUUAUGUGCAUUGACUACUGUCAUUGACUGUUUUGUCAUUCGUUUGCAUGGUGUACGAAGGUGU